AUGGCUGAGAAAACAUCAAUAACAUCAUAUCAAUAUCCAACAGAUUUAGCGAAUGUAAUUAUUGAAUGCCCAGAAAAUAUUAACGAAGAAGACGAAGAUGAUAACGAUGAUGAUGAUGAUGAUGAUGAAAUAAACCAACCAUUGUAUCCUUCAGUGCAACAACAACCAUCAAUAUUAUAUAAUUAUAAUAAUGGUCAUCAACAUUUUUCUCCACCAGUUUCUUCAACAUCACGUCCAGCCGAAUUCGAUUUAUUACUGGGCGAAGACGAUGACGAUGGCGAACAUACAUCAGCAUUAUUACUUAAUUUAGCACCUCCGACGCCUGUAACUAUUCAACGAGUAGCAUCCGAAGAUGAAUAUAAUUUUUAUUCCAAGCGUAAACGUGCGAAAUUUGUUGGACCAUAUUUAUUUGGCGAAGUUCUUGGACAAGGCUCAUAUGCGAAAGUAAAAGAAUGUUUAGAUCGUCGGAAUUUAUGUCGUCGGGCUGUUAAAAUCAUGCAACGUCAUCGAUUACGUAAAACGCCACAUGGCGAAAAAAUGGCUGCAACAGAAAUACGUAUAUUAAAAAAAUUAAAUCAUCCAAAUAUAGUUAAACUAUAUGAUUUCAUACGAAAUGAUGAAAAACAAAAAUUAUAUCUUUUUAUUGAUUUAUGUGUUGUUUCAUUACAAGAAAUGCUUGAUUCUGAUGAACGACAAAAAUUAAAACUUAGUGCUUUUCCAACAUGGCAAGCGCAUGGCUAUUUUAUACAGUUAAUUGCUGGAUUAGAAUAUUUACAUUCAAAAUUUAUUAUUCAUAAUGAUAUUAAACCAGGUAAUCUAUUAAUAACUGUUGAUCAUCAAUUGAAAAUUACUGAUUUUGGUACAGCUGAACAACUUGAUAUGUUUAGUCUUGAUGACACUCUCAAGCGAAGUCAAGGUACUCCUGCAUUCCAAUGUCCAGAAAUCGCUAAUGGCGAAGAUACCUACAGUGGCUUUUCUAUUGAUAUAUGGUCAUGUGGUGUUACAUUAUUCAAUUUAGUUACUGGUAGUUUACCAUUUGAAGCCGACAAUAUAUAUCUUUUAUUUCAAACGAUCGGCAAAGGUGUUUAUACAAUACCUGAUGAUAUUGAACCACAUUUACAAUCACUUCUACAUGGUUUAUUACAUAUUGAUAAAAAUUUACGUUUUACAAUCGAACAAAUAAAACAACAUGAUUGGUUUCGGCGACGACCACCACGUACAUUUGAUUUUUUACCAUUUCCGUCGUCAGCAUUAAAUCGUUUUCAAACGUUUCCAAUGUAUGAUUAUCUAGCUGAAUUACAUCAACCAUCAUCAGAAAAUGGUGAAGAUCAACAACAAGUACAACCGCCAGAAAAUCUUAACUUUCCUGACGGUACAAUAUCAAUAGUGCGUCCUUCGAGUAACAAUCAACAAGAACAACUUCCUUUUGAAGAACAACGGCAUCAUCGACGUAGUAUUCGAUCUGCACUUAUUAAUUGUAGUUGUAGUCGAACAAUAAGUAGUGAUAAUAUUCAUCAAACAAAAAAUCGAAAUAGACAAGACCAUCGAAUAUGUUCCUUGUCUUGA